AUGAUCGAGUCGACCCCAUUUACAAUUGUUACUAAUACUACUGAUGCAUCUGGAAAUAUAACAACACAAUUGACAGGCUAUUUUCCUGAUUUACUCGAACUUUUAAGAGAACAAAUGGGAUUUAUUCCCGAUAUUCAAUUAGCAUCAGCCAAUCAAACAUAUAAUGGAGUUUAUGAUAUCGUCAUAGCUGAUCUUGCAGAAACUUCUACACGUCGAACUAAAGUUGAUUUUUCCAACACAAUAUUUGAUUGUUCGUUACGUAUUAUGAUACGAAAACAAUCAAAUGCAAAUGUCGAUUUGUUUUCUUAUUCAAGACCAUUUUCACAUAAUCUUUGGCUCAUAGUUUUAGAAUCAAGUAUCUAUGCCGUUAUUUUAAUCUAUUUCUUAGAACGAUGUUGUAACGGAUCACUACAAAAUCGAUCUCGAUUUUCAGCUAUUGAAAUGAAUUUUCAUGCUAUUACAGCUCUUGGUCGGUUUAUUACGGCUGGUUUAUAUACAUUAAGUUUAAUACUUGUAUCAUCGUAUACUGCAAAUUUAGCAUCAAAUUUAACAAUAUCGAAAUCAAACGAUAUUGUCUCUGGACUUGAUGAUCUUAAAAAUGGUAAAGUUUCAUAUUCUCGUAUUGGAAUUUAUGUUGGAACAUCGAUGGAAGAUAUUUAUUUGAAUGAAAUAUCUGGAGGAAAAAGAAAUUUCUAUCCUAUUCAAACUUCCGAACAAAUGUAUAAUGCUUUAUUAGUAGGAAUUAAUGAUGUUAAAAUUGUAGAUAUUGGCGAAGGUGAAUAUGUGACCAAGAAUAUUCAUUGUAAUUUAACACUAGUAGGGACAGGUGUUUAUGCGGUUGAAAUGUGA